GAUUCAGUCGAGUGCCGAACGAGCUGAUGGACGCACGUGUGGCGCGUUGGUUGCAAACUCAGAUCCCGAUUCAGAUUGAAAGAGGCAGUAUAGCCAGAGUCAGCCGAACGAACGAACAACUCCCGUCGAAAGCGAAACUCCCACGAAAAGUCCCACAAAAGGUGUGUGUUGUUGGGAAAGCGUGAAAAACUGUUCGCAUCCGGGGAGCAGCCCAAUACCACAACUAUUCGGUGGUUCGAAAAGUGUGUGAUAAGUUCUGUGAUCUGUUGGCUGUUCGCAUGGCAAGUGGCCGGCCGGCCGGCCCGAGGAAAAAUCCCUAAAUGCGUGGCGGCGCCUUUUCAUGUGCAGCGGAAAAACCUCAAAAUCGGGCUGCCCAGAUGGAUGGAUCGGCGGUAUAAAGAAGCACUGGCGACGGCGUCGCUGGCGGUCAGCAACAAACAUUGCAACUGCGGCAGCAACAGCAACACGGCAGCAGCAACAGCAACUUCCAAAACGGGUUUCACCGAUCGUCGGUGGGGAAAAUCAGCGCCUGGCGUAUCGCCUUUUGAUCUAGCGCUCUUCGAUCGGAGAGAUUCCGAUUUUUUUCCGAGGAAACCCAAAGGAAAAUACCAAUCGGAAAAACGCACAACGCUUGAGAAAAUAAAUCAUCUUCGGCCGUUGAAAUAACAAAAGAAAAACGUUUGAAGUGCCAAUGUGAAAAGUUUAAAGUUUAACCAGUCCACUAACGAGCAGGAAAAACAAAAAUGUAGUUGCCUGAGAAAAAAAAAAACAAGUGGAAAUCAAACGAAAAGUAUUAAGCAGUCCAAAAUAAGUUACACAAAAAACAAAACAAAAUUCAAGCAAUUAUCAACGUACAUAAUCUCAAAACCGAAAAACAAACGCAUCGAAUAGAAUAUUAAACAAUUUUUGAUACGGCAACAUAACAAUUUUAUAUUAUUCGAAAUCAUUUUGACAAGCAUACAAAUCGUAAAAAUAAUUAUAAUUAUAAAGUAAUAAAUAUAUUAUAAAGUAGAAACCUAGUAAAUAGUAAUUUAUUAACUAAAGUACUUACCACAAAACAUCCACAAUAUAUCACGCCAAAAAGUAGACUAUAGAAAACGCAUUUAGUAAAAUCAACAAUUCACCAACAACCGCUAAAAUAAACCAAUAAAACCAGUAAAAUGCCAUCGUCAACGGGAGUACUUGUGCUAAUGAUCCUCACCCACCUGAGUUUCGGCCAGGUGCGAAACGAGGAUCAGCUGAUGAUGGUUGGCCAGAAUGGCGAUCUCGAGAGCAGCAAUCCUGCAAUACCAAUUCACCACCAGCAACACCAACAACACCAACAGCACCAGAGUAACCACAAUCUGAACAACGGCAACAUCAACAGCACAAUACUGAACACCCUGAUGGGACAAAACGCUGGUCAGGUGGUGAAUAGCUCUCCUGGAGGAGGAUCCAUGGUCAACCAAUUGGGCAGCAGUACGUCGAGUGUUCCCUCUGUGAUUGGAGGAGCAGGAUCCGUUGGAAAUCCUUGGCAUUCGGGAGUGGGACUCGGAGUUCCCGUCAACGGAAUGGGUCUGCCACCCUCCCACGGCCACGGUGGCAAUAUGGGUUCCCAUCCACAUGGACAUGCCUUGGCAGGAUUGGCAAAGUUGGGAAUUAUAGUGCCCGGUAGUCAGGGAUUACCCGGAAAUUUGGGAUACGGCGGAACAAUGCUGAACGGAGGAGGAAUUGCCGGAGGAAUGGGCAUGGGAAUCGGCUCCAACUCUAAUAACAUGGAUAUGCAGCAAGGCCUUUACAACGAACACUUUAUCUCGGAGCACACGGUGAUGGCGGUGUUCACAUCCCAAGGACAAGUCGGAGGGCCCUGCAGAUAUAUGCCGGCCACGCGACGGCAGAACCACCAGUGUCGCAAGGAGACGGGGCUGCCGGGAACCCUCAGUGAAGCCCGUCGCCUGGCGACGACCCACUGCGAGGAGCAGUUCCGCUACGAUCGCUGGAACUGCUCGAUCGAGACGCGCGGCAAGCGGAACAUCUUCAAGAAGCUCUACAAGGAGACGGCCUUUGUCCACGCCCUUACCGCCGCCGCGAUGACUCACUCGAUAGCCAGGGCCUGUGCCGAGGGCAGGAUGACCAAGUGCAGCUGCGGCCCCAAGAAGCACAACAGGGAAGCGCAGGAUUUCCAGUGGGGUGGGUGCAACGACAACCUGAAGCACGGCAAGCGGGUGACGCGCAGCUUCCUGGAUUUGCGCGGCGGCGAUGGAGACGAGGUCAGCGAGAUAUUGCGACAUGACUCAGAGGUCGGCAUUGAGGCUGUCUCCUCGCAGAUGAUGGACAAGUGCAAGUGCCACGGCGUUUCCGGUUCCUGUUCGAUGAAGACCUGCUGGAAGAAAAUGGCCGACUUCAAUGCCACAGCAACCCUGCUGAGGCAGAAAUACAACGAGGCCAUCCGCAAAGCUCCCAAUCAACGAUCCAUGCGACAGGUUUCGUCGAGUCGCAUGAGAAAGCCAAAACAGCGACGCAAGAAAGUGAGUUAUAAACCCCAACAAUCGCAAUACACGACGCUGUACUAUCUGGAGACCUCGCCCUCCUACUGCGCGGUCACCAAGGAUCGCCAGUGCCUGCAUCCGGACAAUUGUGGGACGUUGUGCUGUGGGCGUGGCUACACCACGCAGGUGGUCAAGCAGGUGGAGAAGUGCCGGUGUCGGUUCAACAACGGGCGGUGCUGCCAGCUUAUCUGCGACUACUGCCAGCGGUUCGAGGACAAAUACUUUUGUAAAUAGACGGGCAGCCAUCUCUCGCCGUCUUUCAGCCCGUCUCCAUUACUUUCUUCCCCUCUCCGAAAGCUGUAGCUCUAUCCUUGUGCUCUUUAAAAAUGUAAUUUGUAAAGUUUUUUUCUACCUUUAUGGCUUGUAAUUUUUUUCCAUUCCUAACAAAUAUUAUUGAAAUGAUAAGCGAAAAGAACGAAAUGAUACGCAGAACGAUAGAAAACGCUCAGAAAGCUAAGGCUCAGCUAAAGGCCAAACUCACCCACU